CCCCCCUCCCCCCGGUGGCGGCGGCGGCGACGAGCGGAAGUCCUUGCGAGCGCUAGUUCCGUCUGUGUGUUCGAGUGGACAAAAUGGCGAAGAUCGCCAAGACCCACGAAGAUAUUGAAGCACAGAUUCGAGAAAUACAAGGCAAGAAGGCAGCUCUUGAUGAAGCCCAGGGAGUGGGUCUUGAUUCUACAGGUUAUUAUGAUCAGGAAAUUUAUGGUGGAAGUGAUAGCAGAUUUGCUGGAUACGUGACAUCAAUUGCUGCAACUGAACUUGAAGAUGAUGACGAUGACUACUCAUCAUCUACAAGUUUGCUUGGUCAGAAGAAGCCUGGAUAUCAUGCUCCUGUGGCAUUGCUUAAUGAUAUACCACAGUCAACAGAACAGUAUGAUCCAUUUGCUGAGCACCGUCCUCCGAAGAUUGCAGACCGGGAAGAUGAAUACAAAAAACAUAGGCGGACCAUGAUAAUUUCCCCGGAACGUCUUGAUCCUUUUGCAGAUGGAGGGAAGACCCCUGAUCCUAAAAUGAAUGCUAGAACUUACAUGGAUGUUAUGCGAGAACAGCACUUGACUAAAGAGGAGAGAGAAAUUAGGCAACAACUAGCAGAAAAAGCUAAAGCUGGAGAGCUAAAAGUCGUCAAUGGAGCAGCAGCCUCCCAGCCUCCUUCAAAACGAAAACGGCGUUGGGAUCAAACUGCCGAUCAGACCCCUGGUGCCACUCCCAAAAAGCUUUCAAGUUGGGAUCAAGCAGAGACCCCUGGACAUACUCCUUCCUUAAGAUGGGAUGAGACACCAGGUCGUGCAAAAGGAAGUGAGACUCCUGGAGCAACUCCAGGUUCAAAAAUAUGGGAUCCUACACCCAGCCAUACACCUGCGGGAGCUGCUACUCCUGGACGAGGCGAUACACCAGGCCAUGCAACACCAGGCCAUGGGGGUGCAACUUCCAGUGCUCGCAAAAACAGAUGGGAUGAGACCCCCAAAACAGAGAGAGAUACCCCUGGACACGGAAGUGGAUGGGCUGAGACUCCUCGAACUGAUAGAGGUGGAGAUUCAAUUGGUGAAACACCAACUCCAGGCGCAAGUAAAAGAAAGUCACGUUGGGAUGAAACACCAGCUAGUCAAAUGGGUGGAAGUACUCCUGUUCUGACCCCUGGAAAAACACCCAUUGGCACACCAGCCAUGAACAUGGCUACCCCUACUCCAGGUCACAUAAUGAGCAUGACUCCUGAACAACUUCAGGCUUGGCGGUGGGAGAGAGAAAUUGAUGAGCGAAAUCGCCCACUCUCUGAUGAAGAAUUAGAUGCUAUGUUCCCAGAAGGAUAUAAGGUGCUUCCACCUCCAGCUGGGUAUGUUCCUAUUCGAACACCAGCUCGGAAGCUGACGGCAACUCCCACACCUUUGGGCGGUAUGACUGGUUUUCACAUGCAGACUGAAGACAGAACUAUGAAAAGUGUUAAUGACCAGCCAUCUGGAAAUCUUCCGUUUUUAAAACCUGAUGACAUUCAGUACUUUGAUAAACUAUUGGUUGAUGUUGAUGAAUCAACACUUAGUCCAGAAGAGCAAAAAGAGAGAAAAAUUAUGAAAUUGCUUUUAAAAAUUAAGAAUGGUACACCUCCAAUGAGAAAAGCUGCAUUGCGUCAGAUUACUGAUAAAGCACGUGAAUUUGGAGCUGGACCUUUGUUUAAUCAGAUUCUUCCUCUUCUGAUGUCUCCUACACUUGAGGAUCAAGAGCGUCACUUACUUGUGAAAGUUAUUGAUAGAAUAUUGUACAAACUUGAUGACUUAGUACGACCAUAUGUACACAAGAUUCUUGUGGUCAUCGAACCACUGUUGAUUGAUGAAGAUUACUAUGCUAGAGUGGAAGGUCGAGAGAUUAUUUCCAAUUUGGCAAAGGCUGCUGGUCUGGCUACUAUGAUCUCUACCAUGAGACCUGAUAUCGAUAACAUGGAUGAGUAUGUCCGAAACACAACAGCUCGAGCUUUUGCUGUUGUAGCAUCUGCCCUGGGCAUUCCUUCUUUAUUGCCCUUCUUAAAAGCUGUGUGCAAAAGCAAGAAGUCUUGGCAAGCGAGGCACACUGGUAUUAAGAUUGUACAGCAGAUAGCUAUUCUUAUGGGCUGUGCUAUUUUGCCACACCUCAGAAGUUUAGUUGAAAUCAUUGAACAUGGUCUUGUGGAUGAGCAGCAGAAAGUUCGGACCAUCAGUGCUUUGGCCAUUGCUGCCUUAGCUGAAGCAGCAACUCCGUAUGGUAUUGAAUCUUUUGAUUCUGUGCUCAAACCUCUAUGGAAGGGUAUCCGCCAACACAGAGGAAAGGGUUUGGCUGCCUUUUUAAAGGCCAUUGGGUAUCUUAUUCCUCUCAUGGAUGCUGAGUAUGCCAACUACUAUACUAGAGAAGUGAUGUUAAUCCUUAUCCGAGAGUUCCAGUCUCCUGAUGAAGAAAUGAAGAAAAUUGUCCUUAAGGUGGUAAAACAAUGCUGUGGGACAGAUGGUGUAGAAGCAAACUACAUUAAAACAGAGAUUCUUCCUCCUUUCUUUAAACACUUCUGGCAGCACAGAAUGGCUUUGGAUAGAAGAAACUACCGACAGUUAGUUGAUACUACUGUGGAGUUGGCAAACAAAGUAGGUGCAGCAGAAAUCAUAUCUAGGAUUGUGGAUGAUCUGAAAGAUGAAGCUGAACAAUACCGAAAAAUGGUCAUGGAAACAAUUGAGAAAAUUAUGGGCAACUUGGGAGCAGCAGAUAUUGAUCAUAAACUCGAAGAGCAGCUGAUUGAUGGCAUUCUUUAUGCUUUCCAAGAACAGACUACAGAGGAUUCAGUAAUGUUGAAUGGCUUUGGCACAGUUGUUAAUGCUCUUGGCAAACGAGUGAAGCCAUACUUGCCUCAGAUCUGUGGUACAGUUUUAUGGCGCUUAAAUAACAAAUCAGCAAAAGUUAGGCAACAAGCAGCUGAUUUGAUUUCUCGAACUGCUGUUGUCAUGAAGACUUGCCAAGAGGAAAAACUGAUGGGGCAUUUGGGUGUGGUGUUAUAUGAGUAUUUGGGUGAAGAGUACCCUGAAGUGUUGGGCAGCAUUCUUGGAGCACUGAAGGCUAUUGUUAAUGUAAUAGGUAUGCAUAAGAUGACCCCACCAAUUAAAGAUCUCCUGCCCAGACUCACUCCCAUCUUAAAGAAUAGACAUGAAAAAGUACAAGAAAAUUGUAUUGAUCUUGUUGGGCGUAUUGCUGACAGGGGAGCUGAAUAUGUGUCUGCAAGAGAGUGGAUGAGAAUUUGCUUUGAGCUUUUAGAACUCUUAAAAGCCCACAAAAAAGCUAUUCGUAGAGCUACAGUCAAUACAUUUGGUUAUAUUGCAAAGGCCAUUGGCCCUCAUGAUGUAUUGGCAACACUUUUAAAUAACCUCAAAGUUCAGGAAAGGCAGAACAGAGUUUGUACCACUGUGGCAAUAGCUAUUGUUGCAGAAACGUGUUCACCCUUCACAGUACUCCCUGCCUUAAUGAAUGAGUACAGAGUUCCUGAGCUUAAUGUUCAAAACGGAGUCUUAAAGUCCCUGUCCUUCUUAUUUGAGUACAUUGGUGAGAUGGGCAAGGACUACAUUUAUGCAGUAACACCAUUGCUUGAGGACGCUUUAAUGGAUCGGGACCUUGUACACAGACAGACAGCUAGUGCGGUGGUACAGCACAUGUCACUUGGGGUUUAUGGAUUUGGUUGUGAAGAUUCUCUGAAUCACUUACUGAACUAUGUAUGGCCCAAUGUGUUUGAGACUUCUCCCCAUGUAAUCCAGGCAGUGAUGGGAGCCCUGGAGGGCCUCAGAGUUGCUAUUGGACCAUGUAGAAUGUUGCAGUAUUGUUUACAGGGUCUGUUUCACCCAGCUCGGAAAGUCAGAGAUGUGUACUGGAAAAUUUACAACUCCAUCUACAUUGGUUCCCAGGAUGCACUUAUAGCACAUUACCCAAGAAUCUACAAUGAUGAUAAGAACUCCUAUAUUCGUUAUGAACUUGACUAUAUCUUGUAAUUUUGUUUAUUUUGUGUCUAAUACACAGCUGUUUCACACCUGAACUUGCUUCAGUUUGGUGAUACAAACUUUUCAAACACUGCAGAUCAGUAUAGAGCUGGUCAUAGAGGAAGAACUAGAAACCCAGUAGCAUGAUUUUUAAAUAACCUUUGUUUUUUUAUGUUAAACAGUAAAUGCCAGUAGUGACCAAGGACACAGUGAUUACACACACUAUACUGGAAAGAAUUCAUUUUUAAUUCAUCUUUAUGAAGAUUUAGAAUUCAUUCCUUGUGUUUAAAGGGAAUGUUUAAUUGAGAAAUAAAACAUUUGUGUACAAAAUGCUAAUUUGUGUGUGGUUUUUGAACAUGACUUGUAAAAUGCAGAACUUUGAUAAAGUAUUGAUUUGUGUAAAUGGCUUGAUUUUAUUUUCUGUCACUUAGUUUAUUAUAGAAUGUAGUGACCAGAAUAUGGCAUUUUGUUGUUCUGUUGAUGACAGUGAGAAGAGUAGCUUUGGGGGCGCAGUCCUCACUCUAGCACAACCAUUCCAUCACCAUAGAAAUAAAGCACCUUGGCUGACUUCUUGAAUAUUUUGUACUUAUAUAGCACCUUUCACCUCUUGAUUUUUCAAAAUGCUUUAUGAACGUGUGUAAAGGAAGUGUUUCAAGUCAUGUCUAACUCGACAGGUCUGUGUGUAGAAAGUAGAGAAGCUAUCUUUACAUUAGAAUUAUUUUCCUCUGCUUGGGAGUAAGGCUGCCUAACAAGUGCUAACAUAUUAAGAAUAAGACAAUCUUUUGGGCUUUCAAGAUAAGUAAGUAUAUCCAUUCAGGGAACACCUGUUGAGUACCUACUAUAUACUGGCCACUUAGAUUCAGGGGGUGCAAAGAUGCAUAUGAUGUAGCCUUUGCCCUUAGAAACUGAUAUAAUGCAAAGGGGAGGCGCAUCCUACAGAUCUCUUCUAUACUGUGGUACUACUGCACAGCAGCAACUAAGAUGCUGAGAUUUUCUUGGUUUUGUAUGUAGUAAUUAAUACAUUGGUCUACGUGUGCAGCAUAAGCAGAAUACCAUUUAGUUCUAGAGGAACCAAGCAUUAAGGAAGUACUUAAUGUUUUGGGAUUUUUUUUUGACAAAAAUAAAAGUAUCACAGUGUUUCCUAAUAUGCCCACCACAUUCUUAGUUUUAGACCUUUUAUUAACAUCCAUCCUUACUUUGUUUUGUCUCCAUCUGCUACUACUAUAGUGGAUUCUAAAGGGAAAGGAAAUUCUGCAAGAAGUGUUACUGUCAUAUGACUCUGCUACUCUAAACACUUCUAUGCAGAUUAACAUGUAUUAUUAACAAGUUUAGAUAGAAACAGCUUGUACUUGGCUUUUAUAGAAUUGAUACUGUUAACUGUCCUAAGGAGAAUUUGCAAGCCUUCACUGUUUAUUGUGUGGUAUGAUUUUCUGAGAACAUGUCAUUGUGCAGUGAAAUUAAACACCAGUUUCCCAGCCACUUUCCUGUUCUUACCAAUUUUCUAGCAAUAUCUCUCCCCUGUAUACUGCUUUGUAUUUAUGACCUUUAGUGAUUAUUAAUCUUGAGAAUUGAUUACAAUUAGUUCUCAAAGUCAAAAUUUGCUUUAAAACUAAUCUUAGUAGAGUUUAAUUGUAUUUUCAAUUAAGUACUUAACUUUAGUUUGCUUGAUCCCUUGCUAUCUAAGAUUUGCAGUGGAAAUAUAGUUCAAAAGAGACUACUACCCCUUAAGUGACUUUGCUAAUAUAAAUAAUUUGAAAAUAUAGGGGAGAAAAAAGGCUGAAGGCUACGCCCUCAAAAAUUUGGACCAAAUAGAUGCUAACAGAUGUUCAGAUUGUUUAUGUACUUACUAAAUAAGGAAAGCAUUUUGUGAUAUCUGUGAAAGACGCUAUGUGAAAUUUUAACUCUUCUCAAAGAUUUUUCUUUUGCACUUUGUUUUGAUGUUUCUUAUGGCCAAACUUCAACAGGAAGAAAAUGUUCUAAGGGGACAGAGGGUGGGUUUUUCGGUGAGCUUUUGUUGUUUUUCCUGUGGGCCAUUGCCCUCUGAUGGAAUUAAUCUCUUUGGCUGUUCAAUUUUUUUCAUAUUGUAUUUUUUAAAUUUGUUGUACGGUGCCCUGUGAGCAUCAAGUACCACCAGAUGAAUAAAACUUAUUAUAUCUAAA